AUGAAUACACAAAAGGAUAUCACCGACUAUAUUCAAAACAUUGAAAAGAAACUCGGCGAGAUUGUGUCCUCAGAGGCCAGUAAAAAGCUUUUAAGUGCAGAGGAGUGGUUUAGAGAGAGGAAAAUUAAAACUGACCAAAGGAAUGUUGACGGUCAAUUUUCGAAAGUUAUAAAAAGCAUUAGAAAUCUUAUGAAAGAGGCUAAAGAGCUUCUUGAAUCGAUAAGAAAUGGCGAAUUCUCAUUAUAUAGAAAAGAUAUUUUUAAUAAGUAUAAUAAAGAAAUCAAAAAGGUAAAAAAUGCGCUAGAAACAUAUAAAGAUAAUAUUUGCUCAUAUAGAGACUCAAAACACUACUGCCAAGGAAAAACAAAGGUAGGUGUUUCAUGCGUCGAUCAAAGGAAACAAAUUGCCUCCACUUGUUUGUCUGUAGCUGUAGAUCUUGAAAAUACCUUUGUAAAACCUGAUCCUGAUACUGAUAUCAGCACCACUCAAACAGACGUUUACGAGUUUUUAGUUCAGAAGUAUCUAUUAAGUAACCCAAAAAGUACGGAAUCACAGCAUAACUCUUCUCUAAGUAAAACUGAACCCACAUACUGUAUAUCCGAAGGAAGCAUCGAAUCUCCUCCCUUAAAGAGGAAAAAAUCAGCGAGCUGUAUCUCCGAAAAAAUAGGCAAUCCUGGAAUAUUGAAGGUGACGGAAUCUCCUGGUAUAGUAAAUGGUGCUACUAAUUUUAAAGUCUUCAAGAAAGACUAUUUUCUUCUACUUUUCUGCAUUAUAUCUUUAGGAUUAAUGGCAUUUCUAGGUAUUACUAAAAAGGUUGAAGCAUCUGAAAAGAUAUUAGGGAUUGCAAAAAAGGUAGCAUAUACUAUCUCGAUUCUUGGGCCGAUUCUACAUGGAAGAUGGAUACUAACAAAUGAAGAUUAUAAUAGAGGAAUAGUUGAAGUAUUAAGUAAAAACUGGAAUGUAAUUGGAUCCAUGUUUCCCAUGCUUCUUGUGCUUAAGAAGGAUAGUCUAAGAAAAACAUUUGAGGGAAAAGCAUCUGUAGAAAGCUAUGGAGCAAUGGUGGGUAUGAGCGUAAUCAUGAUGUGUAGCCAAACCUUCUCAAAAAGAGAUAGGAAGAUACAUGGGAGACAAAUGAAUGUAUUUGUAAUCGGAAAUAUAUUGAUGGGAAUGGCAUAUGUGAACAAUUUCAUUGCACUCUCUGCUAGAAGUGGACAUAAUCUUGUUCUUUUUGGACAUAUCAUAUUUGGACUUAUUCUAUGUUUCAUGAUUAUUAUAGAGGGAGGAGACAGAAUGGAAGAUACUAAAAGCAAAGGAAUGGAGUGGACAGUUAUAUUUCAAUGGAUUAUGAGCUGGAUAUUUGUUAUUUUUGGGUUUCAAAAUCUCGAAUCAUGCUAUUUUCACUAUACUAAGAAUACAAUAUAA